CUAAAUACAUUUGUAAUUAAUUUAAAAUUUUCGAUUUUUGAAGCACUUUUAUCAACUAUCAGAUCCUAUUCCUAACUAUUUUUAGUUGAUUUUGAAGACAAUGGGAAAGAAAGAGAAGGUAAAGCGUAUCCCAUCGGACGCACCGACAGCUCUAAUCGCACCAUCAGAUUAUGAGCACAUAUACAAAGGACAGAAGAAUAACUCUAAAGGAAAGGGAGGAACGGCUGCCAAACGCAUUCCAUCGGACGCACCGACGGCACUGAUUGCUCCAUCAGAUUAUGAGCACAUAUACAAAGGCGAAAAGGGAUCGAAAAAAGGUGGCGGAGGUAAAGCUAAGCGUAUCCCAUCCGACGCACCAACAGCUUUGAUUGCUCCUUCAGAUUAUGAACACAUUUACAAAGGCGGCAACAAAUCUAAAGCACCGGUCAAACGGCUGCCAUCAGACGCACCAACAGCUCUGAUCGCACCAUCAGAUUAUGAACAUAUCUACAAAGGAGCCACACGUACAGCAAAAGGUGGUGGUCGUACCAGUGCUGAACAGAUACCCAAUUCUGUGAUCAAACUAAUCGACGAUUAUGUGCGACAACAGCCCAAACAAUAUGAUCACAACUGAUGGUCACAAACAUUGUUUACACUUAUUUUAUCUUAUAUUUCAAAUUCUUUAUAUUUUUAAAUUUUAUUUUUAAUAUUUUU